UCAGUCCUAUAUAGCCUACAUUUAAUAGGCCUAUAUAAUAUAGGCCUAUAAUUAUGGUUCCUGCCUAAAGCCUAUAAUACAGAGACAGUUUCUCCUCUUUUUCUCACAGACUCGACCGAGCUCAAUUCGAAUUCGAAUUCGCUGUGGUGAGCAUAUCUUCAGGGAAGACUGUCAGAUAAGGUAAAUGUUGAAAUAAGUCAAAAUUGGAGCAAAACCAUGUGCUCCUUGCUGGAAUGGAUGUUCAGCCUGCACUGCACAGUCAAAGCCAAAGCAAGGAUUGGAAGGUUCAACAAGCCAAGGAUCAUUUCUGAAACACUGCGAUCCCCAAUCCGUAGGACUUCAUCAAUUAUUCAUGACAAAGGAGAACCAAUCGAAGAUCGUCUCGAAAACACAUGCCUUGAUUUAAAACCAGCCUGGGGUUUAAAUCUUGAUAUAAGAUGCAAAAACCUUGGUGGUCAAGAUGCUACAGGCCCUGAGAUCGAGAAGCAAUAAACAAUCAAAGAUAUUUGUGAAGGACUCUAUGAUUUGAGGGACUAUCUUUAACUUUACACCACCCAUUGUGCAGCUGAGGUCCAGGACAGAUUGCCGCGAAAAUUUAUAAAUAGUUUGGGAAGCUGGCUUGACAUCCUGACAAAUCCGGCCAUCGAUCACUCGAUAUGUGGCCUCGAUAUGUUUACUCCCUCAAUCAGAAAGAUGGGUAAGGAGUAGGCCCUGUUUGCAAGAGGAUGCUGCAAGAGGAUGUUAUAAGUUUCCCGAACUAUUUAUAAAUUUUCGCGGCAAUCUGUCCUGGACCUGCUUCUCUAGUCUCUUCCAUUUGUAAUUCACUGAUAGGUACUAACUCAAGAGUCGUCGUUAUUCGCGCCAGUAUGAUCAUGUGUUGUGGGACGUAUCUGCUAUACCGGUGGAGACCACGUUUUGCUCAGCGAGUCACAACGCCACACAAGCCGCUAACAUAUUUAUAGUCAUCAAGGAGACAACUUUAAAAUGUCGUUUCUUGUCUUCGAUCGUUCUGAGAUGGCCCCCAGCCCUACGGAUUACGCCGGUGUGACAGCGGAUAUAGUCCCCCUGGAGUCAUAGUCCGGUAGCAUUGUAUUUGACCAAUUAAGCAGCAUGAUCUAUUGUACCGCUAACCCUAACCAAAACAUUUAGCAAUGUGGGUAGGUUUGCUUACUGACGAAAAGGAGAUUUCGCACCACCAGCGCAUGGUCUUAUAUAGCCUUGGCCUACUAUCCAGAUUCGCCCUGAUGAACAUGUUACUAUUGUUAGGCCUAACACUAGGGUCCGCAAAAGGCUUCCAUUCAAAAACUCGGGACGACUUGAUGGAUGCAUGAUUCAUUUCGACUGGCGCGCGAUGGCCAUUUAGGCUAUAGAAAGUAUGAGUACCCUGGGUGCGGUUGUUAAAGCAUGUUGGCUCAUAAAUAUCAUGCUGACAUUUCGAUUUUGUUAUAGGUGCAUUGAAUGUACAUGACUGGUCAACGAUGCGCUGUAGUCUAAAUGGCAGAGGCCUCGACUCAUGAGGCCUAUUCUCGUCAAGUCUGACGAUCUCGGCAACUGCAUGUGUUUGCGUUUUCUGUCUCAUUCAAUUAAAACUACAAUUUCUGUAUAAUGGCUGGAAAGGAACCGAGAACCGCGGCAUCAUUGAUGUCUCCUAACGUCGAUAUACAUGACGGGAAAGGUGGAGUGAAGGCAAGGGAGAAAUGGUCUCGUCAGAUUGACUAUCUGCUGUCUUGUAUUGGAUUCAGUGUCGGCCUCGGGAAUGUUUGGCGUUUUCCAUACCUCUGCUAUAAGAAUGGAGGAGGUAGUUUCCUCAUUCCUUACGUGACGUGUGCCCUGGUUGGUGGUGUGCCUUUAUUCUUCCUCGAGGCAGCCCUGGGACAGUUCAUGGCAAUCGGAGGAGUCGGCACAUGGAAGAUAUGCCCACUUUUUGAAGGUAUCGGCCAUGCUUGCGCCGUCAUCAACUUCUAUAACUGUGUAUACUACAUCAUCAUCCUCACUUGGGCAUUUUAUUACAUGUUUGCAAGUUUUAAUGUCGUUCUACCAUGGUCCACCUGCGACAACCCCUGGAACACCGCGAGGUGCACCAUCUUUGAAGCCCGCCAAAACUCAUCAUCAACGGAAGCCAAUGCGAAUAGGACAACAGCUAUACCAACAACCAUCGCCAUGACAAUGAAGGCGAUGGAAUAUCGAGGGGCUUCCCCUCAUUUAACUUUAGACAAUGUCACGAAUAUCUCAUUGAAUACAACGAGAGGUGUAGAUCCUGUGACUGAGUACUGGGAACGCAAGGUGCUUGGGCUGUCGGGCGGCAUUGGUGAGGUUGGAACAGUGAGUUGGCAGCUUAUGUUAUGUCUUCUGCUCGCUUGGGUGGUGUGCUACUUCUGCGUCUGGAAGGGAAUCAGAAGCUCAGGAAAGGUCACGUAUUUUACUGUAACAUGUCCAUACGUCUUGAUGUCCAUUCUGCUCGUCCGUGGCGUUCUUCUUGAUGGGGCUGGACUUGGCAUCACCUACUACCUCAAACCAGAUUGGAGCAGACUGUUAGAUCUUCAGGUUUGGUCGGACGCUGGAACUCAAAUAUUUUAUUCAUAUUCGAUAGCAAUAGGAACGCACAACGCUUUGGGGAGUUACAACAACUUUCACCACAACUCUUAUAGGGACUGCAUCAUCUUUGCGUGCAUCAACAGUGGUACUAGUCUUUUGGCUGGGUUUAUCAUCUUUUCCAUACUUGGAUUCAUGGCGCACACACAGAACCUUCCGGUCUCCCAGGUAGCAGCCUCUGGUCCCGGACUUGCUUUCAUCGCUUACCCCAAGGCAGUGGCCCAGAUGCCUGCAGCCCCCGUUUGGAGUGUUAUGUUCUUUUUCAUGCUCAUUUUACUUGGACUUGACAGCCAAUUUGUGCAACUGGAGGGCUUCAUCACGGCCUGCGUGGACGCUUGGCCAAACCAACUACGGAAAGGAUACAGAAGAGAAGUCCUCAUAGCGCUCAUCUGUAUUGUUUGCUUCCAUCUUGGCAUUACCAUGAUCACGGAGGGUGGGAUGUACGUCUUCCAGCUUAUGGACUAUUUCUCAGGGAGCAGAAUAAUACUCUUGGUGGCGUUCUUUGAAGUUGUUGCUGUUGGAUGGAUAUACGGGGUCCGUCGAUUUUAUGAUAACUUGGAAAUGAUGUACGGAUUCCGUAUAAACUACUUCAUGUGGGCAAUGUGGCUGGUGGGAUCACCCUGUUUCUGUAUGGUUCUGUUCAUCAUGAAUUCGGUUACCUACUCCAAAUUGAGCUACGAUCGGAAAUUAGAGGGUUUAUAUGUCUACCCCGAUAGUGCGGUUGCCAUGGGAUGGGUCUUGUCACUGUCAUCAGCCAUGUGCAUCCCUAUAGUGAUGGUUUGCAAAGUUGUUAAGACGCGUCGAUCUGGGAAGCCUCUGCGAACACUGAUAGAACCAGAAGGUUUAAAGCCUCACCAGCUGCGCCCACAAGAUGUGAAAUGUGCAAACGGAGUAUAUGGUUUCCACCUCGAGGAGAAGAAACCCAUGUGUUAAAGGGACUAUGAUUGUCUGAUCAUCAUUAUCCAUAGAUUAUGGAAUAAACUGUAAUUUUGGAAGUUUGAAGUUCGAAUUUCGUAUUUCAAAGUUAUUUUGUUUUAUUGUAAUUCGAAUGAUCCUUCUGGGCUUUAGUAAUAAACGGGUUUGCGAUUGUUGCAUGGUUGCUCCAACCCAGCCAAUAAAAUUUCAUGAU